AUGCCUUCGAGGAAAUUUGAUUUUUGUCUGCUCACAGAAUAGUAACUAGCUGUCAAGUAUUUUCGAACAACCUGCGCGGGGUGGAGCCAUAUGCACUCGAGUACACAUCAGGGACGUUCAUUCAAAACCUGACCUGAACCCGGCGAUGAUAUUAAAUAUGGAUUUCGGCCAAUAACCAAUAAAAUAAGGCAAAUAAGUUUACUUUUUAUACCAGUCACUAAUUCAAAAUCUUUUGUAACAAGUUUGUAACCCGAUCAGAAAAUAAUUCGACCUUCGAUUGUUUUUUUAAUACAGUAGGGAAGAAAUAUACGUAAAUUUCCAUGGCAUAAAUGAAGGGAAAAAACUAUGGAAGGGCAUAGGGCAUCUGUUCCGGUGUUCCAGGGUCGCAGCUCCAUUCCUGCUGUUUGAUUUCAAGAGCGAUACCUGAUUGGUCAACUUUGUUGCAGAGCCCGCGAUUUCCCGCCAAAAGAGUGUUGUCAUCGCUGAAACUAAAAUUUUAUCUUGAAUUUACAUUUUCCUGUUGCAAUAACAUUGUAAGAGAGCAGUUUUAGCAACGGAAGUGAUAUGUGUUCAUCUGUCCGCGUUUUUAAUUUCAGUUUUUAGCGCCCAUUAACGAAUUGUGAUGCCAUGUCAAGUGCUGCUACAAGUUAAACACUGCAAUAGAUCAAUCCGUCUGUUUACAUCACGGACCAAAUUAGACCCGAGCAGGCAUUGUAAACUUUGGUUAAUAUAAAUAAUCCUAUUCACCUUCUUGAUAACAAGGAGAACAGGUAAUUGCUUGGAGUAAGCAUGGCAGAAGAAGGAAAAGAUCAGCUGGAUUUCACAGCGAAAAUUGCCGAGCGGUCUGAACAGGAUUUGCUGCCGUUGAAGGAAGAUGUAGCAGAAUGGUUGUCGAGGGUUUUACAAGAAGAAAUUACAGCAGAAAAUAUCCUGGACUGUUUAGAAAACGGUGUUCUGGUUUGUAAACUAGCCCAGAUUGUGCAAAAAGCAGCCCAAGACUGCAUAAAAGCGAAGAAAUCGGUUAAGCCCUUAGCCCCGUUCUCCUCGAAAUUUCAUCAGAAUGCCAAAGCUGGGACUUUCUUUGCACGGGACAAUGCGGCCCAUUUCUUGCAGUGGUGUCGGCAGAUCGAAGUUCAAGAUUCUGUCCUAUUUGAAUCGGACGGAAUGGUGCUUCAGAAGCAGCCGAGAGAAGUGCUUUUGUGUUUACUUGACGUGGCAAGAGUGGCUGCAGACUAUGGGAUCGAGCCUCCUAAACUGAUCAAGCUGGAGAAAGAAAUUGACGACGAAAUUGCUGCUGAAGAGAAGAAACCAGGUUUAAAACCAGCCAAAAAUGAAAAGAAAGUGUCGAAAGCAACCAAUAUUGACGCUGAGGUUGCUAGGCUUGCUGCCAUGUAUAAUGUGAGAAUUGAGAGAAUUAAAGAGGGAAGGUAUAUUGUGGAUGGAAAAAUCAACAUCUUUGUCAGAAUUCUAAGGAACCAUGUGAUGGUGCGAGUUGGUGGAGGGUGGGAUACAUUAGAACACUUUAUCAGCAGACAUGACCCUAAUAAGAUUGGAAAAAUCUUGACUUCAACACCCCAGUCAUGUGAUCACCACCACCAUCGUCAUCAACAACAGCUAACACAACUAACAGAAAUGACUUCAACAUGAAAGGGUUUUUCCUUUGUCCUCGUACUUCAAGAAUAACUUGCCAUGAGAUCCAGUGUCAUAGUUUGCUGUGUACCUUCUGCGAUCAUGUUAAUAACAAAAUUGUUGAAGCACAUUGGUUUUCAGUACACCUUUGAGAUGUUUUAUUAACUAUUAACAUUACUGUACAUGUGGAACUGACUGCAGUAUACUUUGGACAUAAACAAACAUAACCUUUUAUUAUCAUGUGUUUCCUUAUUAAUUAAUACUCCAGUCAGUUCAACAUUGUUUUAUUACUUGGAAAGCAGGGAGAAGAAAUUGGCAUUUUUUGUUUUGCCCGAUAUAUCACAGGUUCUCUGUCGUGUUAAGGUUACAUAAAAAAAUUAGUAUUUAAGGAUUCUCAUCACUGGUUAAGAGACAGUCAGUAGUAUUGGCUUAUCUCUGAGAUGUCUGAAUGCUUUAUAGAGGGUCACACGGGGGGGGGGG